AUGUCGCAACCUCCAGGCACGCGCCGGGGCCAGGACUCUGCAAAGAUCCCCACCAAAUUGCCCGACCCGGAACAAAAUCCUAGGCGAUUCCGAGAGUUCAGUCUACAAGACAAGGUGUUUAUCGUGACAGGAGGUGGACGAGGCCUGGGUCUGUCGCUGGCGGAGGCGCUGGUGGAGGCCGGAGGGCGGGUGUACUGUCUCGACCGACUGUGUGAGCCGGACGACGAGUUCAGGACAGUAGCAGACCGGUUGGCGACGUCGUUCGAAGGGUCACUGCGCUAUGCGUACAUGGAUGUGCGCGACACGGAGCAGCUCGAACGCACGGUGGAGGCGAUUGCGACGGAGCACUCACGGCUCGACGGGCUGAUCGCUGCGGCUGGGGUGCAACACAUCAGUCCCGCACUCGACUACCCAGCGGACGAGAUUAUGGGGAUGAUGGACAUCAACUUCAAGGGGGUCUUUUGCGCGGCGGUGGCGUGCGCGCGGCAGAUGAUCCGGUUCCGGUGCAAGGGAAGCGUUGUCAUGGUGGCCAGCAUGAGCGGGUUCGUUGCUAACAAGGGCCUCAUCACGAGUGUGUACAACUCCAGCAAGGCCGCCGUGAUCCAGCUGGCCAAGAACAUGGCCAUGGAGUGGGGGAAGUCGAUUCGGAAGGAUGAUGGUUCUAUCGAGGGCGGCAUCCGGGUCAACGCCCUAUGUCCCGGUCACAUCAUCACGCCCAUGGUCGAGAAGAACUUCGAGGAAGUGGCCGGGUUGAAGGAGACGUGGGAGAAAGAGAACAUGUUAGGGAGGCUCUCGUCCCCGAACGAAUACCGGGGCGCGGCGCUGUUCUUGCUUAGCGACGCCAGCAGCUUCAUGACGGGCACGUCACUAGUAAUUGAUGGAGGCCAUACAGCAUGGUAA